UUCAACUUUUUUUUCUAUAACGCGAUUCACACGACAACGAGCUAGUCCUUACCGAGGUCGCACAUCGUAUACAAAUACAUUAUUACCAUAGCUGCGACACGGCUCGCUUUAUAUAAGUGGUUCAUUUUAAGGAUCCAACAUGGCGGCGGAGCAAAGAAAGCUGCUCGAGCAGCUCAUGGGCGGUCCCCAAACCUCACGCGCAUCCCAAGUAUCCCUAACCGACCCAAAAGUAUGCCGAUCCUACAUCGUCGGGACCUGCCCGCACGACCUCUUCACCAACACAAAGCAAGACCUAGGUCCCUGCCCCAAAAUCCAUGCUGAAUCACUCAAAUCCGAGUACGAAGGCCUCCCCGAGCCCGCGCGGCAGAAAUACGGUUUCGAACUCGACUACGCGCGUGAUCUCCAGAAGUACAUCGAGGAAUGUAACCGCCGGAUAGAUGCCGCGCAGCGCCGCCUCGAAAAGACUCCCGACGAGAUCCGGCAGACAAACGUCCUGCUCAAAGCCAUCUCCGACCUAAGCUCCACCAUAAACUGCGGAUUACACGAAGUACAAAUCCUAGGUGACUUAGGCGAAGUCAGUCGCGCAUACGACGAGUUCUUCAAAGUGCGACAAGCGGCACAGGCCAAACUGGAACGAGAGCGUGAACUCAAGACUCUCGCUGAUACAAGUGGUCCGUCCGGUCACCAGAAACUCCAAGUCUGCGAUGUGUGCGGUGCGUAUUUGUCUAGACUCGAUAAUGAUCGUCGACUUGCGGAUCAUUUCUAUGGGAAAAUGCAUCUGGGUUACGCGCAGAUGCGCAAGACGUACGACAAUCUACCUAAGGACGUAAGGGGUCGCCCCAGGGCGCCGUUACAAGAUGACGGACCCCGCGACGACGGUGGUUACGGUGAUGGUGGCUGGAAGGGUGGGCCCAGAGGACCCAGACGUGGUGGCUAUGGUGGAAGAAGUGGACGUGGUUUCCGUGGAUGGUAAUGCAACGGCGAUACUACAUGUAACGCAUGCGAAGGAGUUCCUGGCGUUUUAAGGCUUACCUGGUCAAAACUAGACAUGAUAUCACUCUGGACACGCGAACACAAAAUUUUAAUGCUGAUUUGGU